CAACCACGAACCUGGGAUACGACCACACCACGAAUCACGAACUACAGCAGGAAACGAAUUCUGUCGGAGAUUUGCUUUAAUAUUAAUCCGCCAACCAAAAACAUUGAGCAUAAGCGACUUGCUCCAGUUGCUGUGCGCAAAGAAUGCCACCUGUCACCGGAGGUGUGAGUCGUUUCUCGUGCGGUGCAGGCCGCAAUGUGGAGCGUGGAUGCUGUCAACGGAGUCGACAGAACUGGGAUCCCGAUGUGCUGCGAAGCGCGGUUCGGAAUGAUGCUGGGACGGUCGAGACACUGCUGAUCAGGCGUUGAUCUGCCACCGGAUGCCAUUUGUGGCUGCUGGGAGCUGCCGGCACCCGGCACGUCACUAAUUCGGUAUUCAGUCCACGAGAGACACAGACAUUCUUUCACUGGCGAGGUUCCUGGGUUCCUGUCAGGUGGGAUAUGGAGAGACUACUCGACAGACUACCGGCGCUCAAUCUCGCCGGACUCGAGGUUCCAGUCUGUAUAAAUUCUUUGUGAACAGAAGAACUCAACACCAGUUCUCCACUGCGACAUACAAACAGCUUCAACCAGUCCAUCUUCUGCAACAAUGUCUCAACAAAUCGCUGCCGCUGCUGUCCCUCCUCUCACCACCUGGGAUGAUCUCCAGGCGCUCGGCUGGGACAAGGCGGCCGUCUACAGCGCCGUCAGCGCCCUGCGUCCGGACACGAUGACCAGCGACGACCAGCUGCACCUGAACGACAGCUUCACGACCACCAUGAAGCCUCCCAUCUCGUCGCACAACACUACGAUGGCGGCCAAGGGAACGCUGGACCCGUCUCGCACCGAGGUCACCAAGGCGAUCGGCAAGAAAUUCAGCAUCUUUGAAUCGUCGGUCCCUGGUCACGAGCAUUUCACCAAGGCGUGGAACAACAUCCUCGACUUGUCGAUCGACAUCAGCCUCCCUGCGCUGAUCAGCGUCAACAACCCGAUCCAGUUCUCGAACAUCGCCGGGAAAGUGAGCUUGGUCAUCGCGGCGAACGCGACGGUGCCCACCACGAAGCAAUAUCUGUACCCGCAGAGCAAGGACUUUGACUUUGACAUUGCGGCCAACGAGCGCGUGAAGAUCAUCGGCACGCCCCUGUUCGUGACCACUACCGAGGUUUACAAACUCAACUACGGCUUGAUGAGUGACAGUCAAUUAGGCACCGAGGGUGACAACUUCCAAGGACUCGUCAACAUCCCGUACGUCAUCAACCAGGUCCUCCUGAGCGAGGGCAAGAAGUACGGCCCCACCGGCACGAUGGAGCUCACCGUCGUCUACAAGACCACGACGCUCAAGAUCGACUUCAUCCGCGACACGACCGUCGUUCUCGGAGACUGGGACGAAGUUGUCAACGGGCAGAGCAUCGCGUUCAGCGACGAGAUCGACGUGGACAGCACCGACGACUUCCUUUGAGGAGGAGUGUCUUAUGGCGGAUCAACGUUCUCGCCGAUUAUGCUAUCUAUUUCUGCUCUGAUUCGUCGUAUUUAUGCUAUGACUGGCAGUCAAUCAAUAUGUACUUCCAGAGAGUGAACCGUGGGAAAUGUGGGCCGACAUCGCGCCACCUGCAUGGUCCCACCGCACUUCUCCUUUCGAUAUUCUUCAUCCGACUUCUAUUUACAUUCAAUGUCCUCGACCAACUAGGCAAGA